CGGAGAUGGGUGGCAAUGGCUUCUCUAGCUCAGUUUUCGACCUCUAAUGUUCAUUCAUGGCUUUUUUCUUCAUGUACAACGGAGAUUCUUGUCGGGUUGGCGGGGUCAUCGGGUUGGAAAACGGGUUAUACGGGUUGGGUUUUCUUCGUUUCGGGCUGUUCGGGUUGGAAAUUCCACAGUCGGUUUGAUGAAGAAAAAAGCAGUGAAUUCAUUCAAGCAGGCGGCAAUGGAGAGCCACCGUCCUCUGGGAGGUUUACAAAGCUUAUUCCGGCAAAAAUACCUCCUGAAAAACCCUCGGGUUAGUUUCCGGGUUUGAUCUCAAAACGACAUAGCCCGAAACCGAACGACAUAUCUUAAAAUCCAAUGGGAAUGCAUUUCAGUGGAAAGUGAGGACGGAGAUGGGUGGCAAUGGCUUCUCUAGCUCAGUUUCCGACCUCUAAUGCUCAUUCAUGGCUUUUUUCUUCAUGUACAACGAAGAUGCCUGUCGGGUUUGCGGGUCAUCGGGUUGUUAAAACGGGUUGUUCGGUCUAUUCGGGUUGACCCGACGGGUUGUAUUUUUAGCAUUUGAGGGACUGAAGUGGAUUCGAGUAGUGAGUCGAGUUCCAUUACAAUGGCAGCUUCAAAGAUGGUAAUGGCUUCUCUGACUCACUUUCGCCCUCUAACGUGCGCCGCCGCCGCUUCUUCCUCAGGUUGUUAUCCUGGGCGUUUGGUGGCACAGCCACAUGAUUUGGUCAAGUGGGUUCGAAGGCAAGGAGGGUUCGUUCACCAUGGGUUGAAGAUAGGUGAAGACAGUAGCCAUGGUCUUGGGCUUCUUGCUUCUGAGGAAAUCCCAAAAGGGUCUGAACUCAUUUCCCUUCCUCAACAUAUUCCUUUGAGAUUUGGGUCUCUUGAAUCUGAUGAAAUUCACUCCGUUCUGGUCGAUUUGGCUCAAAAAGUUCCUGAGGAACUAUGGGCAAUGAAGUUGGGUUUGAAGCUUCUUCAAGAAAGAGCAAAGGUUGGAUCUUUUUGGUGGCCAUACAUCAGCAAUCUUCCAGAAGCUUACAGUGUACCAAUUUUCUUCCCUGGUGAGGAUAUUAAGAACUUGCAGUAUGCUCCUCUUCUUUAUCAGGUGAAUAAGAGAUGCCGAUUUCUUCUUGAUUUUGAGCAAGAAGUCAGACGUGCUCUUGAAAAUUUGAAGCUAAUUGACCACCCAUUUGGUGGUUUAGAUGUGGAUGCAUCUUCCCUUGGAUGGGCGAUGUCAGCAGUUUCAUCUCGGGCGUUUCGUCUGCAUGGUAAAAAGCUCCCAGAUGGUACUUCCGAGGAUGAUCCCAUGAUGCUUCCUCUCAUUGAUAUGUGUAACCAUAGCUUUGAACCCAAUGCCCGAAUUGUUCAGGAGCAAGGUGUGGAUAAUACAAAGAUGCUAGUGAAGGUUGUGGCAGAAACAGCAAUUAAACAGAAUGAUCCUUUAGCAAUUAACUAUGGCAAUUUAAAUAAUGAUUUUUUUCUACUGGAUUAUGGAUUUGUGAUACCAUCAAAUCCUUAUGACUGUAUCGAGCUGAGAUAUGAUGGAGCUCUUCUGGAUGCUGCAAGUAUGGCUGCUGGAGUUUCUUCCCCAAACUUCUCUGCACCUUCUCCAUGGCAGCAACGAUUUCUAAGCCAGCUUGGUUUAGAGGGAGAGGCUUCGAAUCUCAAGGUAAGCCUAGGUGGUCCGGAAUUGGUAGAGGGUCGGUUACUGGCAGCAUUAAGAGUACUACUGGCCUCGGACGUGACAGAAGUUGAGAAACAUGAUUUGAAGACGCUGAAAUCCUUAUCAGCCGAAGCUCCUCUCGGGGUUGCAAAUGAAGUAGCUGCUUUUCGCACCAUGAUCGCCCUUUGUGUGAUUGCACUCGGACACUUCCCUACUAAAAUCAUGGAAGAUGAAUCACUCUUGAAAAAGGGUGUUUCAAGCUCUACUGAGUUGGCUAUUCAGUUUAGAAUUCAGAAGAAAUCUGUGAUAAUUGAUGUUAUGAAAAAUCUCACAAGGAGAGUGAAAUUACUGUCACAGAAAGAAACAGUCACUUCCCAAAACUGAAGUUUUGUAAGGAUUAUUUUGUUCCAAUCAUUUUUUAUGUUCCUUAUUGCAAAAAUGAAAUAUUGAUUUUAAGUUUUUAGACUCGUAUUGAGAGUUGUAAAAUGACUUUGAGAGAAAUAUUGAUAUUUGAUAUAAUAAAAAUGAAAAAUUAACGGAUAA